CCUCCUCUCUCUCUCUCUCUCUCUCUCUCUGCGUUUUAUAUUUCACCGAUGAAGGGUUUCAUCUUCACCGACUCUCCCUUACAACCCACUUCACCUCUUCGUGUCUGCAGCGCAGACAAAACUCCUCUCUUCAGGCAAAGGCAAACUUGUUUAUUUUUACUUUAUUAUUUCGUUUUUGUUUGUUACUCUAUAGUUUUUCUGAGAUAAAUCCAUAGGAGGACAGUAGCGAUCUUGAGGGUUUGCAGAAUUUGAGACGAACAAUUGAGGAAAACUACACAUGGCGAGCGAAGAUCUGGAGAGCAGAGGUGUUAAGAACAGGAGUAAUGGCUACCCUUAUUCGUACUACUCGUCUACUUAUUACCAAGAUACUACAGAGAAGCAAUGGACUUCAUGGUUGAUUCCUGCGUUUGUGGUGGCUAAUGUUGUUAUGUUCAUACUAACCAUGUAUUUUAACAAUUGCCCCAAGAACAAGGAUACUACUGGGACUCAAGAACACUGUGUGGCCAGGUUUUUCGGUAGAUUCUCGUUUCAGCCUCUUCGGGAGAAUCCCCUAUUCGGACCCUCAUCCUCAACGUUGAAGAAGUUGGGAGCUCUUGAUUGGACCAAAGUGGUCCACGGGCAUCAAGGAUGGAGACUUGUCUCUUGUAUCUGGUUGCAUGCAGGAGUUAUUCAUCUGCUUGCGAACAUGUUAAGUCUGCUCUUCAUUGGGAUCCGCCUUGAGCAGCAAUUUGGGUUUGUGCGAAUUGGGGUUAUCUACCUCUUGUCAGGUUUUGGAGGGAGUGUUCUCUCUUGCCUUUUCAUAAGAAGUAACAUCUCUGUCGGUGCAUCUGGUGCACUGUUUGGACUUCUUGGAGCCAUGCUUUCUGAACUUAUUACAAACUGGACUAUUUAUUCCAAUAAGGUUGCAGCAUUAGUGACACUCGUGAUCAUCAUCGCCAUAAAUUUAGCUAUUGGAAUCCUUCCUCAUGUUGACAAUUUUGCACAUAUCGGGGGAUUCCUGACAGGCUUUCUCCUCGGCUUUGUUCUGCUGCUCCGACCUCAGUUUGGCUGGGUGGAGCGCGGGAAUCUUCCAGCCAAUGUUCAUGCUAUAUCCAAACACAAGCUAUACCAAUAUGUAUUAUGGUUCAUCUCACUGGUUUUGCUGAUUGUUGGUUUCACGGUCGGGCUGGUAAUGCUGUUUCGAGGGGUUAAUGCGUAUCAGCGAUGCCACUGGUGUCGUUAUCUUAGCUGUGUCCCCACUUCAAGAUGGAAAUGUGGGAGUAACUGAGUCUUUGAGGCUUUUGUCUUGCCAUCUGAAUUUUUCAUUUUCCCACCCUGUUGCUUGCUAUGUACAUGCACAUAUGGUUUGAAGGAUUUGGGGUUUUCCCCCCACUUCUCUCUGCUCCCCACCCCCCCCCCCCCAACCUCUUGUCAUCAUGUCCCUAGACUUAGAACAUGAAGGUUGUAUUGCAUUAGGUGUUGAUUCCUGCUACUCAAAAUAUGUAAACUAGUAUAUAGAUGAUUACAUUGGUUGUGUAUUUUUGAAAUUUUUAACUAAUAGCAUUCUUUAUUAUUCUUGUUCUAAA